CUCGUCCAGCCCUCAAAGAUGCUCCGCACAGCCACUGCCACUCUGCGUGCUCCCCUGCGCUCCAGCGCCGCCGCGCCUCUGCGCGUGCGCGCGCUGCACUCCACGCUGCCCCGCCUGACGGCCACGCCUCCCACGACGGACGCCGGCGCGUACAAGAACAUCCUCGUCUCGGCGGCCGGCAACGGCGUGACGCUCAUCACGCUCAACCGCCCCAAGGCGCUCAAUGCCCUCAACUCGGAGCUCUUCACCGAGCUCAACGAGGCGACGGCGGCGGCGGACGAGGACCCCAGUGUGGGCGCCAUCGUGAUUACGGGCAGUGAGAAGGCCUUCGCCGCCGGCGCCGACAUCAAGGAGAUGCGCAACAAGGAAUUUGCAGAGGCGUACAAGGGCAACUUCCUCGGCCAUUGGACGAAGAUUUCGCAGAUCCGCAAGCCCAUCAUUGCGGCUGUGAGCGGCUAUGCGCUCGGCGGCGGCUGUGAGCUGGCGAUGAUGUGCGACAUCAUCCUAGCAGCUCCCAACGCCAACUUUGGGCAGCCCGAGAUCAACCUCGGCGUGAUUCCCGGCGCCGGCGGCUCACAGCGUCUGACGCAUGCCCUCGGCAAGUCGCUCUCCAUGGAGAUUGUCCUCACCGGCAAGAACGUCACCGCCGACGAUGCAGAGCGGCACGGCCUCAUUUCGCGCGUCGUGCGCGAGGGAGACGUGGUGGAGGAGGCCAUCAAGGUGGGAGCGACAAUUGCAAAGAAGGGACAGGUGGCUGUGCAGGCGGCAAAGGAGGCGGUGAAUGCUUCGUUCGAACUGCCCCUGGCAGAAGGCCUGCGCUUUGAGCGCCGCCUCUUCCAGGCGCUCUUUGCGACCAAGGACCAGAAGGAAGGCAUGGGUGCCUUCGCUGAGAAGCGCAAGGCCAAGUUCACCAACGAGUGA